CCCUCCGCCUCGCCCCACUCCCAGCCCGCAUGCCAGGAUUUCUCUCCUCCCUGGGGGUCUCAGUGCAUCUCCUUCUCCUCUCUGCCUGCCUCCUCCCUCACCGAAGGGUUAGCGGACACCCAUCCUUUUCUGCUUGGGGACCCCACCACCACCCGCAUCACUGCCGCUGUCUCUUCUUCACCGUAUCCUUCUCUACCCACCCUCUUCUCUCUUCUCUUCUCCCUGCCCCUUUAAAUCUGCCUGGCCCAGCCUCCCCCGUGAUGCUGGGAUGGAGCAAACAUUGAUUUGUGCUGGGAUGGAAUCGGAAUUUUGAUUUAUUUUUCCUCUCCCAACCAUAAGAAGAAAAAAAUAAUAAAAACACCCCCUCUUGAGAGCCCCCUCCCCCUUUGCAUCCAGCUCCCAGCUCUUCUUCCCUAUCUCCAUCCAAGGCAGAUUUUUUCCCCUACACUAUUCUCAUCUUCCCCCACCCUUGCCACUACCUCGCCCCCCCACCCAGCCUGCUCCUCCAGCUGGGGAGAGAGGGGACUCUCCGGACUCCCCCACCUUUCCUCUCUGGGUUGGAGCAGUCUCUCCGGAAGGGGAGGGGGCUUGGCUUGUCCGGGCGAGGUGGGAGUGGAGGUAUCCUGCCAUGGAUGCUGUGCCGGGGAGGCAGCCUGAGCCCCAGCCCACAUGAGACGCCGAAGAACCGGGGCAGAGGGGUCCUGACAGCAGCCAGGGAAACGGGUGCCCUACGAUUCUGCCCAGCCCCCUCUCAGGACCCCCAAACUGCCAUCCACACUCGACACUUCGGGGUUCUAGCCACUCAGGAUGAGGGUCCGGCCCUGCCUGCCCUCGCUGGGGCCCCCCCGCCCGGCCCCGGUCUAACUGCCCCCGCCCCGAGGCCUCGCCCGGCUCCAAGGCCCCCAGCCGGCUCUCCAGUCCCAGGAUGCGCUGAGCCGCCGGGGGGCUGAGGCCGCGCCAACUACAUGCAUGUCCCCCGGGGGCAAGUUCGACUUUGACGACGGGGGCUGCUACGUGGGGGGCUGGGAGGCGGGGCGGGCACAUGGCUACGGCGUGUGCACGGGCCCCGGCGCCCAGGGCGAGUACAGCGGCUGCUGGGCACACGGCUUCGAGUCACUGGGCGUCUUCACGGGGCCCGGCGGACACAGCUACCAGGGCCACUGGCAGCAGGGCAAGCGCGAAGGGCUGGGCGUGGAGCGCAAGAGCCGCUGGACGUACCGCGGCGAGUGGCUGGGCGGGCUGAAGGGGCGCAGCGGCGUGUGGGAAAGCGUGUCCGGCCUGCGCUACGCUGGGCUCUGGAAGGACGGUUUCCAGGACGGCUACGGCACCGAGACCUACUCCGACGGAGGCACCUACCAGGGCCAGUGGCAGGCCGGGAAGCGCCACGGCUACGGGGUGCGCCAGAGUGUGCCCUACCAUCAGGCGGCGCUGCUGCGCUCACCCCGCCGCACCUCCCUGGAUUCCGGCCACAGCGACCCCCCGACGCCACCCCCGCCCCUGCCCUUGCCGGGCGACGAGGGAGGCAGCCCCGCCUCGGGCUCCCGGGGCGGCUUCGUGCUGGCCGGGCCCGGGGACGCCGACGGCGCGUCGUCCCGAAAGCGCACUCCGGCGGCCGGCGGAUUCUUUCGCCGUUCGCUGCUGCUCAGCGGGCUCCGAGCGGGCGGACGUCGCAGCUCCCUGGGCAGCAAGCGAGGCUCCCUGCGCAGCGAGGUGAGCAGCGAGGUGGGCAGCACCGGACCGCCCGGCUCGGAGGCCAGCGGGCCCCCGGCCGCAGCGCCGCCCGCCCUCAUCGAGGGCUCGGCCACAGAGGUGUACGCGGGCGAGUGGCGCGCAGAUCGGCGCAGCGGCUUCGGCGUCAGCCAGCGCUCCAACGGGCUGCGCUACGAGGGCGAGUGGCUGGGCAACCGGCGGCACGGCUACGGGCGCACCACCCGCCCCGACGGCUCCCGCGAGGAGGGCAAGUACAAGCGCAACCGGCUGGUGCACGGCGGGCGCGUCCGCAGUCUCCUGCCUCUGGCCCUUCGGCGGGGCAAAGUUAAGGAGAAGGUGGACAGGGCUGUCGAGGGCGCCCGUCGAGCCGUGAGUGCUGCCCGUCAGCGCCAGGAGAUCGCCGCUGCCAGGGCAGCAGACGCCCUCCUAAAGGCAGUGGCAGCCAGCAGUGUCGCUGAGAAGGCCGUGGAGGCAGCUCGAAUGGCCAAACUGAUAGCCCAGGACCUGCAGCCCAUGCUAGAGGCCCCAGGCCGCAGACCCAGGCAGGACUCAGAAGGUUCCGACACGGAGCCCCUGGAUGAGGACAGCCCUGGGGUAUAUGAGAACGGACUGACCCCCUCAGAGGGAUCCCCUGAACUGCCCAGCAGUCCUGCCUCCUCCCGCCAACCCUGGCGACCCCCUGCCUGCCGGAGCCCACUGCCUCCUGGAGGGGACCAGGGUCCCUUCUCCAGCCCCAAAGCUUGGCCUGAGGAGUGGGGGGGGGCAGGCGCGCAGGCAGAGGAACUAGCUGGCUAUGAGGCUGAGGAUGAGGCUGGGAUGCAAGGGCCAGGGCCCAGAGACGGUUCCCCACUCCUCGGAGGCUGCAGCGACAGUUCAGGAAGUCUUCGAGAGGAGGAGGGGGAGGAUGAAGAGCCCCUGCCCCCGCUGAGGGCCCCAGCAGGCACGGAGCCUGAGCCCAUCGCCAUGCUGGUCCUGAGGGGCUCGUCCUCGAGGGGUCCUGAUGCUGGGUGCCUGACAGAAGAGCUCGGGGAGCCCGCUGCAACCGAGAGGCCUGCCCAGCCGGGAGCUGCCAACCCCCUGGUGGUGGGAGCCGUGGCCCUCCUGGACCUCAGCCUGGCAUUCCUGUUCUCCCAGCUCCUCACCUGAGGCUACUUCCUGGCCUGGUUCUGGCUUUGGUUGCGUGCCUCUUCACCCCUUUGACCUGCCUUUUUUCUCUUCUCUCUUCCUGGCUGUGUUUUCUCCUAUCUUUCUUUCUCUUCUUCCUUUCUUUUCUGUGCUCCUUUGUUUUUUUCUCUCGCUUUUUCUUUCCCUGUCUUCUUUCAGAUUAUCUCAUUUCUUCUGGAUCUGUCUCUGUAUUCCUCACUCCCUUCCCCAUCCCAACCCCUUCUUUCUCUAGAUUGUUUACAUAUGAAGGGCUUUUCUCUCUCAGAGUUGCUGUCUUCUCUGAGACACACAAAUCUAAGUCAGACCAUUGCUCCACGCCCUCCCACCUUUUCUUUAGACCUCAACUUCGCUGCGGGUGGGGGUUUGGUGUCCUAAGGAGACUCCUGGAAGCUGAAUGGAGAAGAGGAAGAAAAUGAAGAAGGAGUGAUUGAAUGUCGGGCAAGGCACUGGCUGAGCUGCUGUGGCUCCCUAGCCUAAGGGGCCUGCUGUCCCUCUGACGCCUAGUGAAAAAGCUGCAGGAGGUGCAUCCUCCACCGCUAAUCUUGGAGGCUAUUAUCUUACCUCCAAGCACUGAGCUGGGUUACUGCCCAAUUCCAUCCUUCCCUGAAGGAGAGAAAGGAAGUGAAAAGUAGAGUAACUCCCUAGCAUUUCCCUCUUUUUCUCCUCAUCGGCCAGCCCCUCCUCCAGCCCCCUCUGGUGGCAUGCCAUGCCAAGAGCAACGUGUAAAGGAACAGAGAAUAUCCAAUGCAGUCAAGUCCACCCUGCCCAGACUUUGCCACUGACUUCUCCCACCCUUCUGUCUCCCCCAUAAUAGUUUAUUUGGUUGGUCUGGA